AAUAUACUGUUCAGCACUGACAGUAGCUAACCUAACCACCUCUUUUCCCCCAAUCACUCUCUCAGCUGAAGGACAUCUCACUGGAGGCCACAGGAGCUUUGUGAAGCCAGCGGAACACAAUACAUGGAGAGAUGACCAAAUAAUCACUGUUGAUGAGGGGAGUGGAACCUCAACCCAGCAUGUUAUCGUGACAGAGUCAGCAGAUGCUGCAGGUCCUGGGGUUAAGCAGGAGAGGCCUGAAGGAGAGGAGGACCCAUGGCACAGCAGAGACAUCCAGACUGGAACGGCUGGAGUGCCCCCUGUAGCCAGGGAGGACCGCGCCACAGUGCAGCCCAGGACCCAACGCAGCAUCACGGAGGUCAGAGACAGACACAAGUCAGAGACAGACACAGAGACUUUAACUGUAACGCAAAGGCUUUUACACACAGGCUCUGACCACAGAUCAGACCCAGAGAGACUGGGCUCUCUUCCUGCUCCCGGCUCAGAGUAUUUACUUUACAGUAACCCGAGCCCGAUUCCUUCCCAUCAAGAUGCAUUAGAGACUGGCAAUGAUUUGUCUUGUUCUUCUACUACAGAGAUGAACCCUGGAAACAUAUCCUUGUGUUUAGAGACACAGACUGAUCUGUCUAGAGGGGACUGGAACCGGUACAGUAGUAGUGUAUACUGUGAAGGGAGCCUAGAUAAGAAAGGGGAGGGUCUCGUCGUAGAUGAAGUGACUGUGAAAGUGGAGGGUGACACUCCUCUGACAUGGAAUGCAGAUAGUCACCUAGGAUACGGACUCUCACAGGGCAGUGAUUUCUUAGAUUACAGGGAAAGCUUAGCGACUAAUCCAAAUGUCACAAACCACUCCCCUUUACACACACUUGGAGAUUACCAGCCAGUGUCCACUUCGAUGGGGCCUUCCAAUUCACACGGACGCUGCCUUUUCGAUCAGGUAUUGAACUCAAACGACAGGGCUGGAGCCCAGGCUCAGGGAGGGGGAGCCACACCAGGCAAUAGUAAAGAGAAACGGUUCCUCUGCAUGUUCUGUAACAAAGGCUUCAGCUGCCCCCAGAAGGUGGAGAUCCACCAGAGGGUCCACACAGGGGAGAAACCCUUCAGCUGUACCCAGUGUCACACAUGCUUCGCCCAGGGUGGUGACCUGAAGAGGCAUCAUAGAGUCCACACAGGGGAGAAACCCUUCAGCUGCCUCCAGUGUGAGAAGAGGUUCUCCCGCCAGCACCAUCUGAAGAUGCACCUGAAGGUCCACACGGGAGAGAGGCCGUUUGCCUGUGUGCACUGCGAGAAGAGGUACUCGGAGAAGAGCUACCUCAGGAUACACCAGCAGAAAAACCAUUCCACUCUAUAACAUAGACCGUAACCAUUCCACUUGAUAGCGUCUGACAUUUAGAUCAAACCCUACUUUAACCCCUUUACACUUGUGAGAAUUGGCCUAUAUGGAUAGGGCUAAAUCUAAAUGUUUCUUACAGAAGAAUUAGGGAUUGCAUAACCAUGGUAGCACUCAAAAGGGAACAGUUUGGAGAUUAUGGGAAAAUUAUUAGACUAAGGGUGGGGACAACAGUUCUCCUGAUACAAAACUGAAUCCAAACAUUACAUGGUUGAUUUUAUGCACAUUUUACAUUUACUGUACUUUGCCGCAUUUGUUAAAAAUAAAAUCAAAACAUACUUUGGAUACUUUCAGUAACAAAAUAAGAAUAUUCCUGGAAAUUGUGGGGUUGGUGCAACACAAGACAAAAAAAUGACCAGGGUUUGAGUGAGAGGACUAACUGGUGUUUCCAAGCAGCAACACACCUCUCCAAAAUGUACACAGUUAUGAAGUAAUUUCAAUGCACUUUUAUGACAUAAGGAAGUGUUAAGGAAGUGUCUUCAACUUUAAGGUGUUUUUUUUUUGCUCUCCUAGCGGUGCCGUUGAGGAACUAGAUCAAAUCACACUUGUUUUUUUUGUGU